GUUUUAUUGCGAUGCUCAGUAUGUAACAAGAGAUAUCUAACAGCGUCAUCCCUGAGUGCCCAUUUGAGUAAACGACAUCGCAUUACACUAGGGCCUCGUUAUACUUGCCACAUCUGUGGGGCUCUUGGUCAGUCAAAAGCCACACUCAAACGCCACCUCAUAAGAACUCAUGGGGAAGGCAGUAUAGCAAGACCUGAAUUCCUGAGAAAGGUGAGAUGUCUAUUUUCUUUUGCUAAGAACUGAAACCUGGCUUAUGCAUGCAU